GAGCGGCGCCAUUAUUGUAAGGGGUUACAUUUAGCUGGCCGUGGUGUAGUACGCGGCGUUCGGGAUAGGGGGCUAUAGUACCUUCAUGCAUGGCCCAUAAAGGAUUCGUCGACUAUCCGAGAAGUACGCAAGAAACGGCUUCUAACACCUGACAGGCCGCGGAUCCACCCGUUUCACCCGUGUUCCCAAUCCAGCCCCAAUUUUACUCUCGGUUAUACCUUGCACAGCUGUGCUCUUACGUGGGGGGCCCCCCCGGUCAUUUUUCCCCGCAACGUUUUCACUGUAAUCAUCAAAAGUCUGUUUUUUUUUUCUUCUUUUUGAGAUUGUUUGACCUGUCGUUUUGUGGUGGACAGUUUCGUGUGGGGAGGACGAUUUUAGUGGUUGAUGGGGUGUUGACAGAGUAGAAAGUUGGAGGAUCGGGAAGUGGUGAAGGAACGAGAGGGACAGUGUUUUCUAGUCUUGGGUUUUGGCAGGUCAGUGAGGGAAUCAGUCGCAAGGUCGUCGUUUAUUUUGGCAUAGUGUGAUGUGCCCGGUUGCGUAAGUGGCAAUAAAAAGUGAGGGUAAAGCACCGAUAAACACACGUCGACUUGGCGAGAGAGGGAGCGAGGUAACACUGGAAUCAUUGGAGGGGGACUGUCAAUACAACGUGUGGUACAUGUAGUUCGAGACGGUAACCAUUUGGCAUUCAACAAUCUCGGGGAGGAAGUGUGUGAAUACUCGGAAGUGCAUGAGGGGGUGAUCAUAAAAGCACCAGGGUAGUUGACCAUUAUUGAUAGUUUACAAGUACAGGUGCUGUAGGAUGGCAAGGACUGAGGGCGACGAGUGCGGGUGUUGACGAAGCCCAACGGAUGUGUUUAAUUCGCUGUGUGCAGCGAUGAGUUCCAAAUUUAUAAUUGAUAGUAUGCUACCAAAGUAUCACCAACAAUUUCAUCAUCAGCAGUUAUUCGCAAGCGCCAAUCCAAAUUCAGUUCAGGCCUGCUCCAGUGGCUCGUCAACAGCGAGUCUUGAGUCUAGUAUAUCAGCAGCGGCGGUUGCCGCUGCAGCUGUCAAUUACGCUCAGCACAGUUCACCAUCACCAACGGGCUCAAGUCCCCAGCACUCGGGAAGCUCAGCAUCAACAUCACCGGCGGCAAGAACAACCUCGAGUAUGUACCCAUACGUAUCCGCUGCGGCGGCUCAUCAUCAUCACCAGCAGCAACAGGCUGUAGCAGCAGCUGCCUUCGGUGCAACAUCCUCGAUGGUACCCGGUUUUGGUUCAUCGGUUGCAUCAAGUGCAGCACUAGCUGCUGCUGCUGCUGUUGAUGCAGCAACUGGUGACAAAUCAUGCCGCUACACAGCAAGUCUCACUGGAAAUGUAGCACCUAGUUCAACAGAUUCAAUGGUCAACUAUAGCCUAUCCCAUCAUCAUCAGAAUGGUGGUACAGCUGGUGGACUUGUCUCUUCAGCACCCGCCUCAUCUGCAGUAUCAGCAGCAUCCGCAUCGAUGGCCGCCGCAGCGCAAUUCUAUCAUCAAGCGGCGGCCGCCUCCGGCGUUGUUGAUCCGCUCACCUCCUGUCAACAACCCACACCUGGACAACCUGGCAUACCUGAUAUCCCGAGGUACCCGUGGAUGACCAUCUCCGAUUGGAUGAGCCCCUUCGAGCGAGUCGUCUGUGCUGAUAAUUUCCUUCCAGGUCCUAACGGCUGUCCGAGGCGCCGAGGUAGACAGACGUACACGCGAUUUCAAACCCUCGAGCUCGAGAAGGAGUUCCAUUACAACCAUUACCUAACGAGACGACGACGAAUAGAAAUAGCACACGCCCUGUGUCUCACAGAAAGACAGAUUAAAAUCUGGUUUCAAAAUCGACGGAUGAAAUUGAAAAAGGAGUUGCGAGCGGUGAAGGAGAUCAACGAACAAGCGAGAAGAGAGCGCGAGGAGCAAGAGAUGAUGAAGAAACAGCAAGCCGAGAAGCAGGCGAAGAUGCAGGAGCAGCAGGGGCUUCAGCAUCAGCAGCAUCACGUAUCCGGUCUCGACAAAGCCCAGAGUGAUCUCCUCAAGGCAGUCAGCAAAGUCCAGACAUAGGGUGGCACCAAUCAUCAUCACGAUGAACCCCUAAAUCGGAGCUGAGUAAAUCCUCGAUCUACGUACUUACCUGGUUGUCCAGCUGGUUACAAAUCUACGUGCCGAACUAGAGCUGGCAGCCACGCCUGACUGAUUCUUAGAAUGUAUUUUUUAAUCGAGAAAUAAGGAAGAAUGGAGCAAGUCCCCAUUGACGAACAAAAUAAAAAAAAAAAAAAAACAAACCCAGGAUUAACCUCACCACGGACUGAAUGGCCCUGAACCUAGUGCACAAACCCACCGCCGUGUCGCUGGUCUCCUCCAGUGCCCGAUGUGUCACGUGCCCCGGAAAACAGUUUCCUCUUGGUUUUUCACUUCAUUUUUUUUCCCCCCCGUAUGAACACCUCGUGAAAGUGUCGACCGGUCAAUUUCCUCAGGAUCAGCUGGAUGCAGCAUUGGCCGAUGGUGUCUGUGCGUUUUUUGCCUUUCGUUUCGUGUUUUAAUUUUUUUUUCCCAUUUUUUUUUUCAAGUGGCCAUGUGUACAGAAACAGACGAAAAACAAAUGUGGGGGAGGGGGUGGUGGACAUGAAUCUCGAAGGUCGUAUCGAUUACGCGGAUUCUCGUGGUGUGUGUAAACGUCGAGUUUCAAGGUGGGCCGCUUCUUUGACAACCAGAGAACUGACAUCGAUAUCGCCUGUAUCGCCUGUAUCGCCUGUAACUAAAAUUCACCGGAGAAUCGAGAAUUUGCUGAAUAUACGAGAGAAUCGUAAAUAAGCGUGCCAAUAAGGGAAUUAUAUCAGUGAUUAACACGACGCAAUCCCUCCAUGUUCUUUCAAUCCUAUCGAUUGAUUUGAUUUGUCAUUUAUUCGAGAAUUUGAUUUUUCUCCUAAGUUGUUAAUUUUGUUUGGAUGAUUGUUACCGAGAGGCGAAUUGUGUUCAAGUUGUUUUUUUUUUCUUUUUUAUUUAGUUGAUUAGACAAAUCGAAAGUUUUCGUUCAAACUCGUUGAUUUACGGUUGUUUGAGAGUGUUUUUAAAGCAACACGCACAGCUUUUCUCUUGUGUUUCUUGUUACAAGUCAAUUAUCACGAUUAUUACACGUUAUAUUUUUUUGCAAGCCUCUCCACCAUUGGACUCUCACUUCCCACGCUGUUCACUUGGAUAUCCAUUGCAUAAACAUCAUCCCGACGUGGCACAAAAUCCCGGACGAGUAUCUUUACUCUUAGUACAUUAAAUACGUAAUUUGGUGUCAGGGUAGACCUUUUCAGUAGUCAUAGAGCCUGUUAUUGGUAAUUAACGAUUUACGAUUCAGUGAUGAGAGGUGAGAAAACUUUAAAUAUGAAAACAUUUCGAAUUCUAAUGAAAUCAUUAUCUAUUUUUCGGCAUAAGCUGCAAUUGUCGCAUCUCAUUAUUCACUGAGAUCAAUAAUUCAAGUGCAUUCUGAGAUACGAUCGUUGUUGAUAUAAAAAAAAUAUAACAGACUAAAUGAUAGAUAACACUUAUAUUGCAAGAAAAAUCAGUAAUGAAAUACGAUAUUGUGUGCGUAUUAAAAAUAACGCAUUGCCGCGAGAAAAAACGAAGAAAAAAAAAAUUUUGAAAAAAGUAUCCAUGGGUAUCCUGCGAAAGAAAUCACUCUACCGAGUGCUCGUAAACCAUAACUGUUAUUGAUUAAUGAAUUAAUAUCUAAUGUAAUUAAGCUGCGCGUGUUUUUUCCGCACGAUAUAAACUCAAGUAUAAUUAACAUAGAGGAGGAAUCUCAACGUAAUCAACGGGUUUGACGAGCUAAAUUAAUAAAACUGAUGAAAAUAGAUAAACGGAGGGACAUGGAAGCAACUCAUUACGACGAACAGAAUACCCGGUUGAUCGCGUACAUAUAAAUAUAGUGAGUAAAUAACUACAGCAUAAUUAUUAUUAUAGUAUGAAGAAAUAUCGAUUUCGCUCUGCGCACUCUAUCAGUUAAUGGAUAAGUGUAUCGUGUAUAGGCGGAGGUUAAUUAUUUGAAAUUCAUUUUACUCAGUUGCUAUUUGCAAAAAUAUUUCGAUGAACAAUCGAAACGUCAAAAAAGUGUGAUCGCGCCUGCAAUACCCACUCUACAAUGUAUACGGCUGAAAUCAAACAAUUUGUCACUCUUGGAUUGAAAUUAUUCAAUGAUAUUGCAACGUGGAAGAGUUUGUUACGAGGGGGUUGAGGGCUGAUAUUAGGUACUAUCACUAUUUCUAGGAAGCUUUGUAUAUCGAUACUGUAUUAUGAUCAAUUAUUGCAAGUUACGUUUGAUGUUAUGCCGUUGAUUAGGGAAAAUACACGUGAAAUAAUGGCGAUGGGGUGCAGUGUUGCCAAUUACGUCCGAUCUUCUUGGAUAAUCGUUUGGAAUACGGGAGAGUUAGGGUUUAAUUAGAAUCACUAGCCUCUUAAUUAGUUCGUUUCAAUUUAGUGAACAAAUGAUUUUUUCUCCCGCGUCAAUUUACCCCGAGUCACGAAAAUUUUCACAAUCUCUUGUCUCGAGAAAGAAAUUAUAAAGCGGGCGCCGUCCACGUUUGAGCUUUCAAUUGGCCCGUUAAAUAUCAAAUGAAAUAGAAAAAAAAAAAGCAAGGAAAUAAAAUAAUCCAGGUAAUGAAUUUUGAGCAAAUCGCCGAACCAUCAUAUCACAUUUCCCCAAAAACCUCUGAGACCCUCCGAAAUAUAAACUUCAUCCCAACUUGAAAUGAAAACUCGCUCCUAAAAAUUUAAUCUUCGCUCUUAUCCCCAUAUAAUGAAUGUAUUAUAUCAACCUGGAUAUCCAUGUAAAUUUAAGUAAUUAAUUACGAGGAAAGACCCAGCGAGAUGCGUUUAAUAUAGUACAACGUGCCCGACUUGCCAAACCUCGUGACUCACAGCUAAAAGAGUUCAUUAUAAAUACUCGGUCCAGCUGAAAGAAACGCGACAACUUCUCUCAUUCGAAUUAAAGGUAAUUGAGCUAGCAGUAAACAGAGAUAAAAGAUAAAGGAACCGAUAAACCGAGUGAUCAACACUGACCAUAAACAGAUCAUAAUUGAUAAUUCGAAUCGGAGCAAUGAGCUGUCGAUGCGUACUAUAAAUAUAGAUUUAAUGGAUAAACAAAAAAAAAAAAAAAUAAACAAUAAAUACGUCAUCAAUCCAGUGAACUAUCGAUAUCCCUGAUAAUGUAUAGAAGAAAAAACCUGUAAUUUAUAACAAUUAGAAAUUCUAAUAGUCGAAAUCCGUCUCACGGAGCGCCCGAUCGAUUGAAAAAUUGUUUGUUAUAUUAUUUUUUCAUUACUUAUAGAUAAUUGUUUAUUUAUGAAAACUGUUUAUUUACGUAUUAUUAUUAUUUUUUUUUUUCGUAUUUGUUUUAUUUACUUUUGUUACGAUAGAAAGAGUGAGAAUGCGAGGAUAUAGUGUUGUGUGGGCUAUUUUCAAUUGGAUAAAUUAAUGAGUAUUGUUUAUGGAGAACCUCUGAUGUUUUUAAAAAUAGGAAACAACCCAGUGACUUUAUUUUGCGCUCGUUAUUAUCAAUACGAUGAUUUUUAAAAUCAUGCAGCUUGUGGCGAGAAUUGAAACAGAUGAAACAAACAUACCAUAUACGUAACUAAAACUCGUCAUUGUUAAUUGAGAUAUUAAUUUAAUUGUUCUCGUGAGCGAUACGAAACACUAUCAUCGUUUCUUGCCAAAAUUAUCAGUUGUAAAAUAGUGAUUUCGUUAGUGAGAAUGAGUGAUACGAGUGUUAUUCAUUUUGUUUACAUUUCCCUUGACUAGGCAGCUGUUAUUCGUUGAUAUGGAAUUGAAUAAAAAAUGAUUAAUAGAGAUGAUUAAUUAACGGGAGUAGGACAUUAGCGUGAUAAAUUUGCUUGGCUUAUAAUUUUUUUUUAGUCCCGUACUGAAAAGUGAGCAGCUCAAGAAAUUUUAGUAGAUUAAAAAAUUUGUCGAGAGAAUUGAAAAAGUUUAGUGCAUUAGUGAGUGAAGAUGGAAGAACCCUCGGUACCCAGUCUGUCGUGCAAAUAAAACAGAUUUAAUGAAAACAAAUAGAAAUAAAUAAUGAGAAGAAUUUAAAAAAUAAAUAAAACUACACAAUGAAAUAUUUCUGUCCAACGUGGAUUCGUCUUGCGUGUUGUCUUUGCUGUACCUACCCUAGACGGACGAGCCCCGUGUAUUACUCCAUAAUUCUCGAUGUAAAUAUUGACAUAACGUAAUAUUAAACUGAUACAGUGGUAUUGGGAAUGGAAACGAAGGGUCGUUUAGUGAUUAAACAAAACUACCUUGAAAUAUUUCCACCUCACAAGUCCACGACGAAAAUACCUAAUUAAAUGUAACGCAAUUUACUUUAAGAGGAAAAAAAUAAAAAAAAUACCGUAGCUGUUCUACAAUACCAUAACGCGUUAAGUCGUUAAAAUAAAGGAGUAGCAAAUGAUUGUGGAGAUGGGAGGGAGACGAAUCUCGUAUCUGCUGACUUAUUGAAAUAAAAAAAUAAAAAAAAAACAUUAGUAUUAUCACUAUGAGUUUAAAAAGGUUAAUGAGUGAUGAGGAAGGCUAUGUGCGAGGUAACGAUGACGAGUAAACCCAUUGACAAUGAAUGUAAAUGUAUCCAUUUUUUCGAAACUUGAUGUAGAAUUAUACUCAUAAGCUAUAUCUAUGAUAUACAAGAACGAAAUAAAAACGUACCAUAAAUUAA